GCCGACCCCGCCCUGGGCGCCCUCCGGCGUGGCCCGCCCGGGCUCGGCCUCGCCGCCGACGGCCCCCCCGGCCGCGCCGGCCCAGCGACGGAGGGCGCGGCGCCCCCGGGGGAGCGGGCGGCGGGGGCGCCGCCGCGCGGGCGGGCGCAGGGCGGGGCGCGGGCGGCCACGCGGCAGCUGGGCGGCGCGGCGAGGGAGGAGCAGCUCGCCGCCGGGGGCGGCGGCGCCUCCCGCUCAGACGGGAGCGUCGCCCCACGGGGCAGCUCCCCCGCUCGAGCUCGCCAGCGGGGCCGGUGCUCCUUGCCGGCUGCGCCGCGCAGCGGCGCCACGGCAGGGCGCAGCACGGGCAGCCGCAGCGAGGCCCAGGGCAGGGCAUCGCCCGCCGCCCCCCCGCACGCCACUGCGCCGCCGGGUAUCUGCCAAUGCCCCUGCGCCUGCGGGGGCUGGCAGGCCGAGCGAGCGAGGCCAGACCGUCUCGAGCAAGCAGUGGGCGCGAAGCACGCACCGCUGCCGCGCCAUGAUGUCCCCCCACACUGGUACCGAAAAGGUGCUGGGCGCCUUGCUUGUAUUUCCUGA